GACGUUGGUUUUAAAAAUUUCGUUGAAAAAUUUUGAACAGAAACCUCGACAAUUUGCCUCGCGGACACGCACCUUCCGUCAUUGAUGACGUUGUUUUAAAGCAGAUGGUUGAAGCAGAUUCGAGGUUAACAGUCUGAGAGAUUGCGAAAAAACUUAAAGCUGAUCAUUCAACCGUCCUCCGGUAUUUAAACAAGUUGGGAAAAGUGAUAAAGUUGGAUAAAUGGAUUCCCUAUGAAAUCACAAAGAAAGACAAAUUGAGACGUUUUGAGAUCUGCACUUCUUUGCUGUUCCGACAGAAUACAGAUGGAAUUUUACACAGGAUUGUGACUUCUGAUAACAAAUGGAUUUUGUACAGUCGUGAGCUAAAAGGUAGCAACACUUUUUUCUUGAUGAGUUUCUGAACACGCACCUUUAACGAGAGAUGAGAACGACUGCAUCCAUCGAGUUUUGCGCGCAACGUCAAACCAUGUCAAACGUUCGUAUCCAAGGUGUACGACAUAAGAUUCGAUCGGCUUUGGUCUAAUUAAUAAUUUAAGCUUAAUUAGACCAAAUAAUAAAGUCAUAUAAUAAACUCCGUACAAAUCUCAAGGCAAUUUAUGAAUGCAGCGAAAGAUUUGGAUUUGCAUAAGCUUGUUACAGAAGAGACCAAACUUGAAUAUAUUAGGCUCGUGUGUCAAAUGAAAAUGACUGAAACAAUUCGUAAGCAGUUAAAUGUAUUCUUGGAAGGCUUUUAUGAUAUUAUAUCUAAACGACUGAUUUCCAUAUUUAAUGAACAAGAAUUUGACUUAUUAGUCAUCGUGCCUUAUGUAGAUAUCGAAAAUCUUGUAGCAAAUACUGAACAUCAUAAAUACACUGGUAUGUCUUUACAGAUUCAAUGGUUCUAGUGUAUUACAUAGUUUUGAUCAAUCGGAUCGUGCGAAGUUCUUACAAUUCGUUACGUCCAAAGUGUCGUUACAAGAUUUUGCUGUGUUAGAAGGCAUGAAUUGCAUAUAAAAGUUCCAAAUUCACAGAGAAGAUAGGUCAACAGACAAACUUCCAUCUGCACAUACUCGAUAAGUAUCUGAAGAAAGAAAUUUUUGUAAUACUUUCUCAUAUGCGUGUUUAAGCUGAAAUUAAAUCGAUAUAAAAGUGGGCUAAAACUGUAUUCUCUAAUUGCAGUUUCAAUCAAUUGGAUCUGCCAGUGUACGAGACGUAUGAUAAACUUUAUACAAAUCUACUUAUGAAUGCAGCGAAAGAUUUGGAUUUGCAUAAGCUUGUUGGAACGCUAUUGUCAUAUAAUAUGUAGCAUUAAUAAUAAGUAUGAGUAUAAUAAUAACUUAUUCCACAAAUAACUUUAUUAUUAAAUAAUAUGAUAUUGACAAUAGAAAUACAAACUAAUACUAAAAUUUU